UUUGAAUCUUAGCGGUUUGUUCCAGGGUUGAGUUGAGACCUGACUAACGUUACUUAAACAAAGAAGUUAACUGACUCAGAUAAGAAAUUUCAAAAUUACUUUAAGCAGAUGGCAGAUGGUCCUGUUCUUAGAGGUCGUGGAGGGCCAAGAGGAAUGUACCCAAAUGGAAGAGGAGGUUCAUUUGUAAACCGUGGUGGUCCACCUGUAAGAGGAAAUUCAGAAUUUCGAGGAAGAGGGAGACCACCUGGACGUGAUGGUUUUCUAGGCCGAGGUGGAUCACGUGGAGAAUUUCGAGGUGGGAGCGGUCUACCUUUAAGAACUCCUCGGGGUAGAAGUCCAUACAGAGGUGGUCCACCAACCAGGGGAGGACCAUUUGGGAAAGAAAGGGGAAGUGAUUAUCCUAGUGAUAGAGCCCCUGCACCUAAAAGAAGACGUUGGGAUACUCCUGCACAUGAGCAAAAUGGUUUUGAAAGUUACGGUGCAGAAGGUAGAAAUCAACCUCUUCUUGGAUCCUCAUUUGCCAGAGGUCCAAGUUACCAAAAUUCUAUGAACUAUGACAGGUUUGAUAAACCACCUGCCUUAGUUGACCAAUAUGGCCAAUCAUCUGCUGGUGACAUGUACAACGCUACCAGAGAUCCGUAUUCAUUUUCCCAAGAACCAGACUUCAGUAGAUCUAGAGGUGGAGCAGGUCUUUAUGAUUCACAACAAGGCAUCGACCCAUAUUCAAGAUCUAGAAAUACUGCUGGUUAUGGCACUUCUGGAAGCACUGACUCGUAUGGAACACAAAGAUCUAAUAACUUCAAUGGUAUGGCUCAGAAUCCAGAUUCAUACAACAGGAUGUAUGUUAAAGAUAAUUACACUGGUAGUCAAGCUGCUCUUUCCAGCUAUAGUACUUCUUUGUAUAACAGAGGGAGAGGGAGGACUACCCCACCAAAUAGCUAUGGUGCUCGUGGAGCAUACACUUCAUACAGCAACUAUGAACAAGAUUAUGACUCGGGUGCCAGCAGGCCCCCUAGUGAUGACCGCUAUGGCAGCUACAGAGGGGCCUCCUCCUAUGGCAAAGCACGAGAUAAUUUUAAUGACACAUCAUCAGGUUAUGGUCCCUCGCGUGUAGGAGGAGGGCCCCCACCUCCGCGUCGAUAUUAAACAGCCUUGGAUCAUUCUUACAAUACUGAAGUACCAACUUUUAUAUUGUCUACAUAACACUCAAAUUUACAUAGAAACUUGUGUCAAGCAAUACAUCAUUAAUGUCUAUGUGUGACCCAUUUUGCAUUGUUGUAGUUUCGUAGACUUUUCUGUAAUGAUUUUAGUGACAUGAGCCAGGGGAAAAAAAAUUUUCUAAUUACGGUAACUGUUAACCUGUUGAAAACAAAACUGUGAUGUAUGGUAAUAGAAGGGCAUAUUUUUUUUUUUUUUUAUAUAGAGUAAUUGUCUCACAAGAGUGGAUGAAUAACAUCUGCCAACUCUAAAAUUUUAAUACCUGUAAUAUUUUGCUUUCACUACUUAAUACUCAUUGUAAACCAUGUGUUUUGUGCUGGAUUUUAAUAAUUUAUACACAUUUCUCAAUGUCAAAGAUAUGAAUUAGAAUAAGAAAUUUUAUUGCUUCAACUCAAUAAAUAACUACUGUUGUCUCUGACUUUAAAUUUUAUUAAUUUGUAUCAUGAGCAAUAUGAAGACAUUAGCUGAAACUAUAAUGUGGUUCAGAUUCCACAUUAGUGAGAAAAGGGUUUAUCAUUAGGAAAUUUAAAGAUCCAUCAAUAGUAAAACAAAAACAUUGUUAGGGAGUUUCACCUUGAAUGUUAAAUUUGCUUUUGAUAAUGAAAAAAUAUAAUGUUCAGAAAAAUAAAAAUUGGAAAAUUAGUGUGAUCACUAAUUAUUAAAUAUACAUGUUUUUGUACUAUCUGAUAAAAUAGAAAUAAAGGAUGGAAUUUUUUUAACUAUCAUCCAUCCAUCCAUCCAUCUGGAAAUAACAUAUAAAUGUAACUCCAUGUGCCAAAAAUAUUUCUUAAUUACAUUACUGUGCCUGAUGACAUUUGAAUGAUAGUAUAGCAGUUCAAAAUAAUAAUUAAAAUAUGCCAAACAAAGCUUUCCAAAAACAUGAAUUUCUAGAUUAUUAAACUAAAUAGGAAUACAUGAGCUAUAAACUAAACUAUAGCACUUUAGCUUAGAACAUCAGUGCUCAAAUUUUUACUCUACAAUAGUUUGCAGAAAAAUGCAUUUUUGUGUGUACACUGGGCUCAUCCAACUGUUUUUGAUUGUUACUGCUGCAAGAAAAUCAUUAGAUAAAAAAAAAAAAAAAAAAACGGUUUGCAGAUGGUUUUCUUGAAAUUCCUAAAUUUUUUAUGCUCGGUUAUUAAUUUGGUUUAUGUUAGGGUCUUGUCACUUUAGAAGAUAAUGUCAAAGCAUUUGGCAAAGGGCAAAUUAUUAUCAUAUAUGAAUAUUUUAACCAUUUAUACAUGAUAAACUUUUUCCAUAAGUCUACCCACAUUUCAUGAAAUAAAAUUUAGAUGAGCCAUGUGUGACCUAAUGGUUAGUGCACCAUACUUUUGGUUUUGAGGUUAGUUGAUUUAUUUUGUGAAAAGUUCAGGUAGGCCAUGGGUGGCCUAAUUGUUUGUGCACUGUACUGUGAGGCUUAGGGUAAGUGAUUUUAUUUUAUGAAAUAAAAUUUGGGUAGGCCAUGCAUAGUCUAGUGGUAGGUGCCUCAGACUAGGCAAUAGGACUGUAUAUAUAUGAGUGAUGGUCAAAUUCCACUAUUUGGUUAGAGUAGCCCAGUAAUUGGCAGAAGGUUCUUUUUGACCAGUUGACCUUUAUCUAGUUUGUUGGUUCAAAAUCUUACACAACUAACUUGUAUAGUCCUUGUGUAGUUAUGAUCAGAUAACCUAGAGUCCUAGACAAUGUAGGUUGAAAUUGUUAAUUUUAAAAUUGAACAAGGAAAGUAAUGCUUUUUUUACUCCUGCUUAUCAUAAUCUCUUAAAUCAUAUCAAAAAUAUAAUUUCAGGUAGAACUAAUUUAUUAAAAAAAAUUAAAUGCUAAUAUUUGGAGAAUUAGAAUUAUAGGUUAUCAAGAAGUAUUUGUUAUUCUAUUAACUCUUUGGAAAUGUAGUCUCCUGCUUUCUUUUGAGAUAUGAUCUUAAUUAGGUUUUGACAGCUAGGACAACACGUUAGAAAUAAGUAAACACUUUCAUAGCAUUUGGAAUAUGUUUACUUAAGAUCUUUUGGUAUCCAGUGGUAUUUAGAUAUACAGAGAGUUCAAUAUGUUUUCUCUUUGAUUGCUAGAACAUACCUCUUUAAUACUCCUUUACAAUUUGAUGCAAAACAAUUAUGGUCAGAUUGUUUACUUGCUUGUUUCCAGAUCCAUAUUUGGUUAUUGCUUCAAACUUUGAAGUGGUUUUCAUUCCAAAAUUUGUAACCGUUUCUCAAGAUUUCAAUGUUGGCAGGC